UCGUCAAACGAGCUCGAAUUGUGGCAUCGUCCCACAGCCGACGAAUUAUCAAGAAUGCGGUGCAUUAUCGAACGGGUGUAUGCUGUAAUUGCCGGGAACAUCAGAGAUUCGUUCCUGGAAAAUGCGGACAUUGAAGUGAAAGGCCAUAGCUUAAGACUUCUGUUCUUAGGAUCGUCGGCGAAGCAAAUCAUAGAAUUAACAAGAACGAGCUCCUCAGAACAUCUUGCAACUGCCGGUUUGCUGAAUAACGACAAACGCUGGUGUCUGGUUGAUUUUGGUGCUGGCCGAGCAGAGUUAUCCUACUGGUUAGCGAAACUAGCUCCGAGUUGUCGUUUUUUACUUAUCGAACGUAUGGGUUCCAGGAAUAAAUUCGACAACAGAGCUCAAAAAGUAUGUCUUAUCUCCACUACUUCUUCAGCUACUCCAAUUCAGUAA